AAUGCAAUUCCUCCAGCAAAUGGGAAUGGUUACUGCAUACAAAAUCAGGUUUUCUUUCAUUAUUUUCAAGCAGUUACUUAAAUAUAUAUAUGGUAUGUGCUAUAGAGCAAGUAGGAAACAGUAGGGAAAAAUGAAGGCUUCUCAUUUCAAUUGUGGUCCUUUUUUUAACUGGCAGUUGUUCCUGUUUUCAAGUGUUUGUUUCUACUUUAAUGAGGAUACCAACUUUCAUCCAGUGAGAUGUGUGGGUCACUUUGUUAGCGCACUUGCACACACCAAGGCAACACACCAGCUGGAAAUUUUGACUUUUAGCUGUAUUAUUUUUCCCCAGCAAAUGGUUUUCCUUUUGACAUAUUUUAAUGUACUUGCACACUGAGAGGAAGAGAGGAAGACUUGGUGAACAGAAAACAGACUGUUUUAUUAACCCAGCAGUCACCUUUGAGAUUCAUACGUGUCCACUUUUUUCUUGCCUUUGUACCUAAUCCCAAGAGCCUGGUACCUGGCUUCCCUUGGAAUAACAAAGUCAGUCACAAACCUCCAAACAUGAUUGUUAACUGAAUGCCAACUGUUUCUUCUCAUAUUUUUUCCCUUCCUUUACUUUUUUUUUUAUUUUUUUCCCCCAGUACUGUGCUAGGGAUUGUGUUCUUAUGGGUGCCCUAAACCCAUAAUAUUAAUUUGGGUUUUUAUUGAUGUUUAUACUUUUUAUUUUAUUAUUAUAUUUUUUUAAUAAUAGAUGCACAUUGCUCAAGAAAUUAAAUUGCUGGUUCUAUUUUCUGUGUGUGUGUGUUGUAGUGAUUUUUUCAGCUCUGCGAAUAGUGGGAAGGGAAGAAAGAAAGCAAUGCUGCAGGCACUUACUGGACUACAGUUUCAGCUCAGAGGAAAGCUACAGGAUCAAAAGUGGCCAGACAAGCACCCUCGAGAAGAAGCCCAUGCACAUUAUUCACAGUGCCAUAUGCCAGUUUCACAGUAUCCUACAUUCAGUGGAUUUUUUCCAAUGGGAACACACUUUUCAUCAGACAAAGCUGCAGCAAUCUCAGAGGUACAAACACACUUGGAAAAUCAGUCUAGAUACCACAUACAGCAGAGCCAGAGGCACCAGGUGAAGCAGUACCUGACCCUUGAUACCAAGCUGUCCAGCCAGACACUCUCCCUGUCCCACUCUCACACAAUCCAGCCCGUGGGAGUGAGCUCCAUCCUACGAAACGGACACAUGCCUCCAGUGAGCAGCGCUGGCACUCCGGAAAGCCCUGUCACCAAGCUGCUGGCCCUUGGAGCCGAACACGAAAAUGCGAUGGAAGAAGUCAUUGAAGACAUAAUCAAUAUGGAAUCAAAUUUUAAUGAUGAAGGGAUAGGUUGUUCUGAAACUCCUUUACUAAUGCAAAGAACUCUAUCUAGCAGCAUUUUGGAUAUAUAUAACAGUGACCAGGGAAUGGCACCAGUUAAUAUGGGUCUCACAAAUGCUUCUUGCCCAGCUAAUCUACCAGUAAAAAGGGAGCUCACAGAAGCAGAUACAAGAGCAAUGGCAAAGGAGAGACAAAAAAAGGAUAACCACAAUCUCAUUGAGAGAAGAAGAAGGUAUAAUAUUAAUUACCGAAUCAAGGAGCUUGGCACACUCAUCCCCAAGUCUAAUGAUCCUGAUAUGCGUUGGAACAAAGGAACUAUUUUAAAAGCAUCGGUAGAGUACAUCAAGUGGCUACAAAAAGAACAACAGAGAGCCAGGGAAUUAGAACACAGGCAGAAGAAAUUAGAGCAUGCUAACAGAAGACUUCUACUCCGAAUUCAGGAGCUGGAGAUCCAGGCACGUGCGCAUGGCCUUCCAGUCAUGUCUUCGCUCAGUGCUGUUGAUUUAGCUGCACAGGUCAUCAAGCAACAGUCUUAUCCAGAGGAGAACUCUGUAGACUACCCUCAACAAAUGCCUCUGGUACAUGGACAAAAUUCUGGUGUCUGCGAUGGAUCUACAGCCUUUUCUGAUCCACUCUCACACUUCACGGAUUUGUCCUUCAGCGCAGCUUUAAAAGAAGAACAACGACUAGAGGAAAUUUUAUUGGAUGACACAGUGUCUCCAUUUGGAACAGACCCACUCUUGUCCUCCACAUCUCCAGCUGCAUCAAAAGAGAGCAGUAGAAGAAGCAGCUUUAGCACAGAUGAUGGAGAUGAUUUAUAA